CCGUUCAUGGGAACCUAAGCAUUUGUUUCGACAACAAGGGAUCAGUUAACAUAAUGUGAUUGCCUGAGCGCAAUUUGUGUAAAAUAAAUCUCCGUCGAUUUCCAUGAAAAAAAUGAUUCAUUGUCAUUUUGCUGUUUGCAAGUGAAGCACGUCGGCGAUUCAAUAUUCUAGUGAGUUUAUAGAUGUUUAACCGAACGAGGAACAAUUAUGUCAAUUCAUAACGACGACACAGUCAGUUAACAGCAAAGACUAAAAUGAGAUCAGUUAACAUAAUUAUAUGAUUGCCUGAGCGUAAUUUGUGUGAAAGAAGAUCUUCGUUGACUUCCAUGAAAAUGAUCAUUAAUUGUCAUUUCGCUGUAUGCAAGUGUAACGCGUCAGUGAUUUAUUAUUCUGGUGAUUUUACGAAUAGAUGUUGAGCUGGACAAGGAACAAUGUCAUUUCAUAAUGAGGACACGGUCAACGAACUUAAUUUAUAUCCGACGUCAAGAGAUCAGUUAACAUAAUGUGAUUGCCUGAGGGAAAUUUAUGUAAAAUAGAUCUAGGUCGAUUUCCAUGAAAAUGAUCAUUCAUUGUCAUUUCACUCUUCAUAGGUCCAAGAUGCAAGUGAAACGCGUCAGUGAUUAGAUGUUGACUGGACAAGGAACAAUGUCAUUUCAUAAUGAGGACACAGUUGGUGAUCUUCUACCCGACGGCAAGAGAUCAGUUAACAUAUAGUGUGACUGCCCUGAGGGAAUUUUCGUGUAAAAUAGGGCUUCGUUGAAAAGUUUAAUUCAUUUUCAUUUCUCUAUAUAAUAUGCAAGUGAAGCGCAUCAGUGAAUUAUGGUGAUUUUUAUAUUUAGAUGUUGAACUGGACGAUGUUAUUUACGAAGACACAGUUAAUGAACAUCUACUAAAGAUGUCAUUGUUCAUUUUUUUCAAAACGAUAUGAGCUUAGUGAUUUAAUUGGAUAAUCAUGAGGCCAUCAGGGGAGCGAACAUUGCCGAUAUUAUUCGAAACAAGUUACAGAAGAGGGGAAGGAUUAAUCGGCGCUGUCAUUUCGGGCUGAUCCUGUCCAUCACUUUAUACGAGAACAUAAUAAUUAGUUGCUUGGCGGGACCAGUAUUGAAUUACUGAGUGGAUAUUAUAUUGUUAUAACGAAGAAAACAUAUAGGGGACCUAUUGUGAAUGAAAAAAAAGUAAUAUCACAGAGGAUUUAGGAUACGUGAUUAUGAUCAUAAAACUAAGGCUGCUGGAUUAAUCUAUACAUUGUAUUUUGUCUCAACUAAAUUAUUGUGGAUGCAUUCUGAAGUGAUCCGGACUAGUUUGUUCAAAGCACUUUCGACUCAAUACAUGUAAUUCUUUGAGAAUACUAGUUUCGUUGUAAGGAAAAUCUAAAAUGAGUUCACGAAUGAGAAAGUCAAAGAAGAUGUCGUCCACCUCGUCAAGAAUGAUGUCGGACGGGAGAAAAGCAAAGGCUCCGCCAUCGACCACCAAGUCGUCCACCCUCUCUUCUAAAGGAGGUUUGCCAGAACGCAGGUUGUCACGAAGCAGCGACACACCCGUCACUGCUCGGAGGAUGAGCGUAGCGUCCAGUGCGUCAUCGCUCACGAGGAAGAUGUCGGUGGCUGGAUCCGCGAACCCGGGAACAGCGACGUCAGUGACAUCUAAAAAUAAGUCUGGCGACGGCAAUGAAGGAGAGACGAACUUGAAACAAAGAUUCGAGAGUUUAAUGAUCACCAAGCGCAUGGCGAGAUCGCUUCGCCAGCGAACCUCUCAACGACUCGCUGAUCUACGAGGGGAAAGCUUCGUAUCGUACAUGGAUUGCCCUCGUGGUCGGUCACCGAGCAUGCAGUACCAGGUCCCUCAGAUCGAAAGCACUUACCAACUCGAACCCGCGGAGCUAUUCUCGAAUUAUAGCACCAUCAUCCACGACAUCAUCGAAAGCGCAGUCGAGCGUCGACUCAGGGGGAUGAAGUACGAUCCGAAGCUGUGUUCGAGGGAAGCCAAGGAGCUGUCUGAGAUCAUCAAGGAAGGCGUGAAGACACUCGACAUCGGUCGUUAUAAGUUGAUCACCAUGGUGAACAUCGGACAGAUGCAAGGACAGCGGACGCAGAUAGUCAGCAGGAAUUCUUGGGAUCCGGUCAGAGAUUCGUUCGUCAGUUACAGCUUCCAGAAUGGAUCCGUCUUCUGCGUGGCAACCAUUUACGGAGUUUACUUCGAAUGAGAUUCAUGCAUAGAAACGCCGUUUGUAGGCAUAUUUCUAUGUAGGCAUAAAUGGUGUACAUAUUAAUGGGACUGUCUCUCAUGAAAACCAUGGUAAUCAUCCGUAGUUAAAUAUAUACGCUCUUAGAAUAAAGGUGUUCUUAGGGGGUUCUAUGCUUGUCCGGUAUUAGGAACAUUUAAACGUUCCGUAUUCCCUUAAACCGCCACUUUGGAACCUUUAAAGUUCUUUAUCAACCAAUUAAGGUACUUCAGCACGUAAAUAACCCUUUUUCUGGGAACUAUUUUUCUCGAUGGCUCCAAAUACGGAACAAAAGGGUUCAAAUUUUCACCUCUUUUUACUAUGAGUGUAGCCUAAUUAGAGACUGCGGCAUUAGACGGAAAGACUUUAGCUUUGGCUUUAUUAUGCUAAAAAGAUUUUUAAAUAAUAAAAAACAAACUUUUUUUUUUUUACUACAAAAUGGUAUGUAAUUGGUCCCGAAUAACUUGAAAAAAAAAGGGGGGGGUGUAACU